GCCUGAAACGUCAGCCUUUUUGCUCCUGUGAUGCUGCUUGGCCUGCUGUGUUCAUCCAUCUCUGCACCUUGUUGUCUUGGGCUCAGGCCUGCCAUCUUUUUUGGGCCAGUGUGCAGUAGGGCGCAUGGGCAUUCUUCCUUUCUCUGGUGGAUUCGGAGAAGACUUCGACCCAGCAAACUCAAAUAGCAGAAAUGAUUGCCUCUUUUAUUCUUGAAUUGACAGUGAUUCUCUUUGCCAAUCAAGUCAAACAUCUGUGUGAAUGGAAAUAGGGAAGGGCCAAAUAAAGGAGGGAUUCGUAAACAAUAGAGAGUUUUAAUUGAGGAGCUAUUUGACCCAGAUACUGUGUAGGUCAGUAAGGACAGUGAUAACUGGGGAGUGAACAAGCCUUGUGAAAGAGGAUAUAGACAGGAGAAAUUUGGAUAAUCUCAAAUUUUAGAUUGAAAUGGGUGGUCUGAGCGAUGGCACAGUUGUGUCCACAAGCUCAGCUGGAGAUCAGAUGUCAGAGUUGUGACCAGGCUGGUUCAGCCUCAGAUAGUUGCCAACAAGAGAGAAAGAGUCAAUGACUACAGAUUGAAGUCAAUGGUUUCAUUCUUUGAAAUACUGAAAUAGGAUAAAUUUCUGCUUCUCUACAACUGGAUGACAAGGAAGACAGGAAGGGUAUUAGAAAAGGAGGAUUUACAGUAAGGAAACAGAAACUUAACAUCAUAUUUGGAUCAAAUGGAGUCAUCUGAUUUACUGUAACUGGAAUAUUAUGGAUUUUUAACAUGGAAACAAAAAUCACAGUUGACAAUGGGGAAGAACUGUACACAUGUUUGUCUGGACAAUCAUCUUAUGUGGCAGAAUAUGAAUGCAGUCACCUCAGGAAGAAACCAUGGAAAUGUGGGGAGUGCGGGAAGUGUUUCAGUUACCCAGUCCAGUUGGAAAUUCAUCAGCGCAGUCACACUGGGGAGAAACCAUUCACCUGUUCCGAGUGUGGGAAGGGAUUCUCUACCUCAUCCCACCUGCUCACACACCAACGUAUUCACACUGGGAAUAGGCCGUUCACUUGCUCCGUGUGUGGGAAGGGAUUCACUCAGUCAUCCAACCUGUUAACACACCAGCGACUUCACACUGGGGAGAGACCAUUUUCCUGCUCCGAGUGUGGGAAGGGAUUCACUAUUUCAGCUCACUUACUGAGACACCAACGAGUUCACAAUGAUGAAAGACCUUUUAAAUGUCCAGACUGCAGCAACCAGUAUAAAAGUUCUGGGGAACUGAUGUCCCAUCAACGUGUUCACACUGAUGAGAGGCCAUUCAGGUGCUCUCACUGUGGAGCAGGGUUCAAGCAAUCAUCUGACCUCACUGUGCAUCGACGUACUCACACAGGGGAGAGACCAUUCACCUGCUCCACGUGUGGGAAAAGAUUCAAUCAGACAUGUACCCUUCUGAGGCACCAACAAGUUCACACUGGGGAGAGACCUUUCAUUUGCUCUGAGUGUGGGAAGAGAUUUGGUCGUUCCUCUACCCUACUGAGACACAAGCUAGUUCACAAGAAAUUACAUUGACUGGACUCUCACUGUUAAUCACAUCGCAAUCAGAAAUGUGUACAUGAGGGUAUGUUCCGGCUGAUGUUCACUUAAUGUGGGUCAAUAUUCUGUUAAAAAUCAAGUAAAUCAGCUUCACGUGAAACACAGAGAUAACAAGGUGUAGAGCUGGUCAGAAAAGGGUCUAGGCCCGAAACGUCAGCCUUCCUGCUCCUCUGAUGCCGCUUGGCCUGCUGUGUUCAUCCUAGCUCUACACCUUGUUAUCUCAGAUUCUCCAGCAUCUGCAGUUCUUACUAUCUCACGUGAAACACAGUUUGGUUACUCAUCGUAAUAUCUCUGAAUCUUUUCAAAGGUCUUGGCCUCUUCCCCAUCUCCCCAUUCUCAUGUCCAACAAUGAGGAUCUCAUGGAAAUUCUUUGUCAUUGAGAUUGGGACACAUUUAACACCUUCAACAUUCACUCACCACAAAUGCACUGCAACAAAAAGCUCCUCGGAUAACACCUUACAAAACUACAGCUUCUGCCAUCUAGAAAGAGAACAGCAGCAGAUACAGGAGAACAACAAGCCCUGACUUGGAAAUAUUAUUGACCCUUCCUUUGCUGAGUCAAAAAUCUGGAACUCUCCCCCAAACAGAAUAGUUGUUGUACCUAUAACCCAAGGACUGUAGCAGUUGAAGCCAGCUCACCAUCACCUUCUCUGUGCAAUUAAGGAUUGGCAAAAAUGCUGGCCUAGUUACUAAUGCAAAAUUCUGUGAAUGAAUGAAAAAAUAUUCAGCUUUUUUCAUAUCUGAAACCCAACUGCGUGUUCCAGCUCCUAAAACCUGCCACUGAACUUCCUUUUCCAUAACACUGUUAUUCCCACAAAUAAACCCUGCUGUCUUCCUUAAUCAAACUAACAAAUAUUGAAAUGUUUGCUCCAGACACUGAUUAAAUAAAUCACAAUCGCUUUUGAAAGUUAUGACAGAAUUUGCUUCUACCAUUCUGAUGUGUUCCAGAUCUUCAUAACUCGAUCAGUAAAAUAAUCCCUCAUCUUUACCUUGGAUUUUUAAAUCAUUUUUUUCAGAGGUUGUGUCCUGUGACCACCAACCUCUCUGUCAAUGGAUACAAUUUCUUCAUGAAAGAUGUUCAGACAGAAACUACACCCUAUAAAUCACACCUCAUCUUCUCUGCUCUAAGGAGAACAGUCCUCGCUCCUCCAGUUUCACUUCCCCUCAUUUCAGAUACAAUUUGGCAAUGCUUUCUCCUGCUCUCUCUUCAAGGCCUUGAUAUCUAUCCUGAACUGUGUCACUCAAGUUAUCACAAGAUUUUACCUGACGAUGACGAAAAUUCUGUAUAACUUGUUUUUGACCUCCAUUAUUAAAGCCAGGUAGCGGUUUGUAUUUUUUUUCUAAA